AUGUGGCCAAAGCAGGUUGACUUGUGCCAAGGCACAGAAUGCAAGAAAUUCUUUCAAAGGAAAUCCUCAACUACGCAUUACUCCCACGAAUACCUGAAUUCUACAACAUGGACUCCAUCAUCACCAGCAGUGACCCCGACAGCGAUUCCUCAUGAAGAGCGUCCCAAGACGAAGCUUGCAGCGACAUCUAAGAACGAAAAAGAUAACAAACGGAAAGAAACUUCUUCUACGUCAAUAGGGAAGUCGGUCAAAAUGAAAGCGGUGCCUCGGGAACCCGAAGACUAUUUCGCGUAUGUGGAUGAUGAAGAUGCCUCAAGCGCGGGAUCUUCGGUUACCAUCGAGGAUUUUGACGAAAAUGUAGAUGACAUCAUACCAGACUUCAUGAACCCGGAUUUCCAUGCAUUAACCAAAAGAAAUCUCAGUCAACUUCAAAGCAUGGUGAUGAAUGCAGCACUUCACAAAAACUCGGCCAUCAAGUCUUACAUGAAAGAAAUGGACGCCUACUCAAAAGAGGGCCAAGAUGGCGGCCUUAUUGUCUUGUUUGACAAACACGCCUUGGAAAAUGCUGUUAAGAAUCCCGGUGUGGACCUUCAGGACGGGGGCCAGCUGCUGAUGGAAUUGAUCAAUGUUGUAAAGUACAUGAUCAUUGUUAUGGUGAAGUGAUGGAUGACUGGUGUUCCAAUGGUUUGAGGAAUCCAUACACAGUGUUUUACAAAUGGAAAGUGGCAUGGAAUCAACAUGGUGGACGAAAAGCUGUUUGCAUGCCUGGAGACCCAUGUGCCAAACGGACAUGUAUUUGCGAUCAAGUAGCAGCAGAGUGUUUUGG